AUGGCGGCAUGCAAGAUGAAUCGCCCUGGUGGCUCAAAUGGUCCAGUACUGCGGUACGUAGUCCCUGGUUACGUACCGGCGUUACGUAUCGGGCAAUACUGCCGUGUUAUCACCUCCCCACUCCCCCCAGCUCCCCAACCCCCCCUUCCUCCUCCAUCCCCCUCCCUCUCUUCCCCCCCUUUCCGCUUCCCCUCCCCUCCUCCUUUUCCCCAUGUCUCGCAUCAAAAUUCUCAUUCCACUCCCCCACUCCCGGGUUUCCCCGUUUCUCCGAACUCCCUUCCAACCCCGUCAUAUCCCGUUCCCCUUGCGCGCGCUCUUCCCACCCCCCCGGAUCCCCGUUCCCGCUUUCUCCGCUCCCCGCUUCCCCAGCCCCCCGGGUACGACCACCGCGCGCCCCAGUUGCAGGACCAGCGGAGCGACGGGGGAAGCCAGGGGCAGGGGUAUGGCGGGCGAUAUGACGACGAGCGGGGCAGCCGAUAUGGCUAUGACGACUAUGCUCGGGAUCGACCAUAUGACCGAGAGAAGGAAGAGGAGGAGGCGCGGGAGAGGGAGAGGGCGGAGCGCAUACGACGAGAGGAGGAAGAGGAGAGAGCCCGCCAAAAGGCAGAGGAGGAGGCAGCAGCAGAGGCCGAAGCAGCAGCGGCAGCUGCAGCAGCGGCAGCAGCAGCAGCAUCGCCACCACCGGACCUGCUAUCCAUGGAAGAUGAUCUGCUGGGCCUCGGGACAGACGCAGGGCCGGGGGCUCUGGUGCUCUACAGUGCUCCUAAUGCGGAUGACCUCAUUUCCAAGGCGUUUCAGCAAGAGAUCAGCCUUCUGGACAUUGACACUAGCACGUCAGAGGCAUCUCUCCUGGAGAAGGUGAAUUCAGUGGCUCCAAAGCAGGCGAAUGGGGAGGUCGAUCUGCUGGCUCUGGUGGACGGACCUGUGCCCGCUGGUGCCGCUGCUGCUGCUGGAGGAGGAUUGGGAGGGGGGUUGGAUGCGACGAGUGGGGCGCUGGUGCUGGUGACACCCAUGAAGGGAUUCCACGCCACACCCACAAGGCACGGCAUAUGUGGUGCUUGUGAGCGGACUAUCGAUUCCGGGAGGUACCUGAUUGCUCUGAACCGUGACUGGCAUGCCGCCUGCUUCAAGUGCUGCCACUGCCGCCUGCCCAUCACUGAGAUGCAGUGCUCUGUGAAGGAAGGUGAUACUUACCACACCGAGUGCUACCGCCAGCUCUUCCACCCCAAAUGCUACGUCUGCGACACUUAUAUUGCCCCCAGCGAGUCUGGCAUGGUUGAAUAUCGCCUCAACGACCUGUGGCACGCCAAGCACUGCGCCAAGCACAGCCCAACCACGGAUGGCUCGCCCCUCUGUUCCGCCUGCACUCGCCUCCAGCCCACCACAUGCACAAUGGUGGACAUUGGCGGUAACCGCACGCUCUGCCCCGAUUGUAACACCUGCUCCUGGCCCUCCCCUCCUGGCUCCGCGCUCUCCGCCCUCACCUCCUCCUCCUCCUCCUCCUCGCUGGGGACUCUAGUAGUAGAGGCCUCUGAAUGUGCCCCUAUUUUUGCCUCUGUGCUGAGUUUCUUCGAGGAGGUUGGGUUGGGAGCGGUGCUGAGGGGUGCUGUGGGCGUGAUGGGCGACGAGCUCCCGGUGGUUACUGCUGACGUGGCGGCGUUACAAGCUGCUGCUGAGGGCGAGAGACAGGGUUCAUCUCGCCUGGCGGUGGUGCCUGGAGUGUGCCUCACUCAAGAAACCACCAUCCAAACAGUCGUACGAGCACCAGGGUCAACAGCAACGGCCUUUGCAGGCAUCUCGCAUGAAGCGAAGACACUGACGCAUGUCAACUCCACUGCCGUCUCGGGCAUUGUCAUUCUCUACGGCCUCCCAGCACCUCUAGCGGCGGCAGUCAUAGCCAAUCAGCUCAUGCAUGCAUGGUUCCUUCUCGAUGCGCCUGCUGUCACGAGCUAUGAGACAUGUAUGGACUUGGCUCUCACGAUACUGGGUGUGUUGAUCCUGGGCAGGGCACUGCAAUUACCAGCAGUACCUGCUCUCAACCCUCUCCUGGCCUCGCUCCCUCCUCCUUUCCCCACAGCGCUUCCCUCAGAGAUCGAGGAGGCCAUGUGCCAAGUCAUGGCGCACCUGUGGUUACAGCGUUACCAGCAGCAGCUCAAGAGCCCCUCUGCCUUCCAGUCUGGCUUCCUCGAGUUCUGCCUCACUCGCGUUGCCUCCGACCCCUCCCCUGCUCUGCUCGACUCGUUCCGCUCCGCCUACUCUGCUGUGGUCUUCAAGGGCCUGCUUGCCACCAUUCAAACACUCCGCAUGUCCAACACCCUCCCUGCUAUCUAG